ACAAACACACACACACACACCAAUAAACAUACACUCACACACUCAUAAACACACGGAUACGGACACCAGCUCAAAGAAACGUCAGCACACACACACAUACUCAAACUGCAGCGCAUCAACAGCAACAACAACAAAAACAACACCAACAACAAAGCAAAGAAGUUGCAGUUGCAAUUGAGGAGCAGCUUGCUUUGGAGCACUUAUACAGCAAAAUAAUAAUAAAAACAAAAAACCAAAAAACAAAAGCUAAAACAGAAUCUCUAGCAAACUCAGAAAAGCAAAAGCAAACGCAAAACGCAAAAACAAAAACUCAAAACCCAAAACCCAAAAUCGAAAAAGUUCUAAAGUUUCGAUAACAAAAUUGAACAAUAACAAAAAGCAAAACUAUAGCAAAGUAAAAGCAAAGUCAAACGCAAACAAAAACUACAGAAUAAAAAAAAUUAAGAAAACAAUACAAUAAAGAUGAGAAAGCAAAAGGACGAUAUGCAGGUCAAUGUUGCCGGACUACGCAGAAACAUCAAGAACCUUGCGCAUAACUAUUCCGAUGCACAGGUUAAGGUACGCGAAGCUACCUCAAAUGAUCCAUGGGGUCCUUCGGCCACCAUUAUGGCGGAGAUAGCCGAUUUGACGUACAAUGUGGUUGCCUUUUCGGAGAUAAUGCAAAUGAUAUGGAAACGUCUGAACGAUCAUGGCAAGAACUGGCGACAUGUCUAUAAGGCACUCAUACUGUUAGAGUAUUUAAUCAAAACGGGCACCGAGAAAGUUGCCCAGCAAUGCAAGGAGAACAUUUUUGCCAUACAAACACUGCGCGAAUUCGUCUACUUUGAGGAGGGCAAGGAUCAGGGCACGCAUGUGCGGGAGAAGGCAAAGCAGCUGGUGAAUCUGCUCAAAGACGACGAGCGGCUGAAGAACGAGCGUGUUAAGGCACUGAAAGCCAAGGAGCGUUUUGCUCAGCAUCCAAGUGGAUUUGGCAGCGAUGGCUAUAUUGAUGGGCCAUCGCAAAGGGACAUGCCGCCGGGAUGGCAGGAGGAACCGCCAAAAUCCCUGUCGGAACUGGAAAUGGUUAGGCCGCAGACGGCAGGCGAGGAGGAAUUACAGUUGCAACUGGCCAUGGCCAUGUCGCGCGAAGAAGCCGAGCAGGAAGAGGCCAAACGGCGGAGCGAUGAUGUGCGAUUGCAGUUGGCCCUUAGCCAGAGUGAGCAGGACUUCAAGGAUGACAGUGGACGGCCCAUUCCUGGUCCUCAGAAGAAGGAGGAGCCACAGCAGAGCCAUCUGCUAGAUCUGCUGGACAUUUCAUUGGGCGCCACAAGUAUCUCGGGUCCACCUUUGGGCGCUGCUGGCGGCGCCCCACCACCCGUUGUAGAUCCAUGGGCAACAUCGGCACCACGAGCGCCUAGUCAACUCUCAGACCCCUGGGCGGGUGGCAAUGCCGCGUCGGCCCAAGUAGAUCCCUGGCAUCCGUCGGCUGCUCCGCGUACCAUAAUGGGUGCCGGUGUGCCAAUGAGCUCGGCUCCCGCCAACGAUGCCUGGGGCAUGCGUACACAAUCACCUUCCGUGGCCUCCGGUUCAUCAAACGAGGGCUGGUUGCAGACCAAUGGCAAUGCGAACCAAAACGGACGGGGAGCCACUCCGGGAGUCGGAGCAGCGGCGCCGGCGGUGGCGGUGGCGGCGGCUCCCAUUGAUGCCUGGCUAACGAAAUCCACAGCUGUCAGUGCCUUGGCUGCAGCUCCAGUAACCGCGAAUAAUGGCAGCACGACUGCCGAUCCUUGGCUGGCAGAGCAAGCAUCGGCGCCAGCUCAAGCCACAUCAGCGGAUCCUUGGGCGCCAGGAGCGGCCACUCAGGCAAGUUCCUCAACGGCUGAAGAUCCCUGGAAGUCCUUGGGUGGCACAGGAGCCGUUAAGAAACAAUCACCGGACUUUGAUGAAUUCGAUUUAAUUACCAAUCGCAACAAAAGCUCCGAACUGGGAAAUUCCAAUGCCUCCAAUAACAAUAAUGCCUCUCUGCUCGACGAUAUGGAUCCAUUAUCUGCGAAUUACGGCAACGGCAUCGGCAGCAGUAGCGGCAGUUCUGUCCAUCCUUCCACUGGAGCCACAGCAAAGAAACCACUGAAAGAUGCACAUUCGUUCCUUGGCGAGAACUCGGCGCUGGUUAAUCUGGAUAAUUUGAUUAAGCCGAUUGCCCCGCAAACACAAUCAGCCAAUGCGCCAGCCUACAAUCCCUUCAGUGAUACCGUGAUGCCACCCAAAACGAAUCUAUUCCAGCAACAGCAGCCAGCCGUGCCGUCCAUUAAUCAACUGAAACAACAGCCACCUUUUGCAGUCAAUAUGAAUAAAGAUCCUUGGGCGCCAGUUAUGAGUGGUGCCGCCUCUCAGGCCAAGUUGCCGCCACCAGUGCGACCCACCAGCCUGAAUUUGGGCAUGGCGGCGACAACAAUGGCAGCCCCUAAUCCUCCUCUGCCUCCUCCUCAGAAACUUCAAUCGCUUGAAGAAUUUCAAAUGCUUAAUGCAUUCAGUAAUCCUGGCAAACCUAUCCAUCAAGUCCAUCUCCCCCAUUCACAGACCAAUAUGCAGGUUUAUGCAGGUAAUCCCUACAACAACAAUGACAACAAUUCCUACGGUGGUUCGUUAAUCGACUAUAGCAGUCCAAGCCCUGGCAUUGAUAGCAUACGCAAUAUGGAGAUAUUCAGCGAGACGACUCAUUAUCCUCAGCAGAUGCAGCAGCAGCAGCGUCCUUAUUUCAAUAGUCCCACAGCAAGUGCUCCAGUUUUAGCUGCUACUGAUGAUCAUCAUCAAUAUCAAUACAAUAGCAAUAACAACAACAACAACAACCACAACCACAAUAGCAGCAACUAUGGCUCAUCUGGAAUCUAUUCAAGCUAUGUGUCCAGCUAUACUAGCGCCCUCUCCGACUCAUUAGCUGAAACUCCGGGCAUAACCAUAUCGCCAUUGGGCUUUGAGGGAUAUUCGAAUACCAACAAUAUAAAUACCAACCAAACCGCCGAUCAUCAUUGCAAGUUGGAACAGAACAACAAUAUGCCUUGGAUCCAGCCCGAAGCAGCAGCAACAAAUCCAUUUUUGUCAUAAACAAUAAACUAGAGAGAGACAGAGACACACAAACGCGGGACAAUGAAGAAGAAGAGUACCAACAACGACAGCAACUGCAAUCAGCAACUAAAACGGCAACGGCAAAUACCAACCAUCUCUAACUAACACACACACACACACAUACAUACAAUAGGCAUGGGGCACAUGUGGCAAGGCAAGGAUGAUGAUGAUGUGGAGGAGCCAGAGAGAGGUGGUUGUGUGUAUCCAGUGCUGCAAUAUCAUCUAAACUAGCAACAGCAACAACAACAAUAAUAACAAAGGCAAAUUUCAAGAGAAAAUAUGAUUAAAUUUAAAAAUAAAAUAAUGUGUAAGCAAGUAUUAUUAAACUGUAAAAUAUGUGAGGUGUGUUGUUGUAUAAUCUGUAUAAGAGAAAGAAGGAUACAUACCGAUAUGACAAAGCAGGACAAGGGUCAGGGAGCAGUGAUAGUGGGCAAGAUAGAAAUAAAAGGAGAGAGGUUGCAGCACCACAAUGCCCACACUUCCAUCAGCACCACCAACACCACCACCACCACCAUGCCACCACAGCAAGAACAACAACAACAACAACAAGUCAACCAGAAAUUUAUAUGUUUAAUGCAAUUUGCAAUAGCUAUGAUUUAUUUAUUACAUAUAUACCUAUAUAUAAUUAUUUCCGAUAAUUAAUUUAAUUGAAUUAUGAAUAUUGAUUUAAACUUUACAUUCAA